GCCCUUCCCACUUCAGUUGAUCCAUCUGAGAGUCAUCCACACUCUCCUCUUAACUCAUCGCUGCCAUCGUGCGGCUCCUGCAGGUACAUACGUUGCCUGACUUGGGAUCUUCCCCUGGGAGGACUAGCAGUGAUACUAAACUUGACUAAGAGCUGUCAUGCCAAGCAGCGAGCCCCUCUUCCCUUCUCCGCUUUAAUUCUUAUCGCAGGGCGUGGCUGUAGUUCCUUCGCAUCCCAACCAGCCAUAUGCUCACUCGGAUGCAAUUCCAAAGACGAUGAUUCUGUCGUUGCCGCCAUGAAGCGAAAUCGUCGUAUUUUCGAGGCCAAUGGUGAUGGUCCGUCAGUCGUCUCUCCUCCCGAUGUGUCGUCCCACCGCACCCCCGAACUCGAUGCACGCCAGAGCCCAAAACAUGUUCCUAAGAUCUCGCGCCGAAUACGCGCCUGCACUGAAUGCAAGCGGCACAAAGUUCGAUGCGACAUGAAUGAGGGGGAGACGGGAUGUCACCGAUGCCGCCGGAUGGGAUUGGAAUGUGUCGUCAACAAAAGUUUGCAGACAUUGCUGGAUGAUGAGACAGAAUGGAAGGCAGCGAUGGAACUCGCAAUGGCAGACUUGCUUCGCAAAGCUCGACUCCCCGAAUUAUCCUACUAUCAAGCGAUCAGCAAGUCAACUGAAGCACCUCCGAAGACAAGGGAUCGCAACAAUUCUAUGGCCUCAAUAGAAGAUGCGCUUUUUCCGACCAGUGAUCACAGCGCAGGAACGAAAUCCGCCGGACCCACGCAUGAGGCAACGAGUGACUUGAGCGCACCCAAUACCAUUGUUGAUGGGCAGCCGCAGUUUUCCCUCGACAAAGAAGAAAACGGAACAUCAUCACUCGUCACGGCUCCCAUGGGGAGCUUAUACGAGGUUACUCAACUGAGCGACAUUCAAACCACAUCUCCUGGAAGACACCAUGCAUCGGAUCGGGCUCUUGUCACAGACUUCAUAUCACGGGGAGUGGUGGACAAGCAAGAAGCAGAGGAGCUAUUCGCCCACUUUGAUCAAUUACUUAGCCGCUACUUAUGGGAUGGCAUACUGCUGAACCACAAGGAUCUAACAUCAGUGCGCAACUCUUCCUCAAUGCUCUCGGCCGUGAUCCUUGCUGUGACAGCCCUCCAUAUGCCGAGCAAGGAGCGCGUGUAUGAAAUCUGCUACACCGAAUUUGCUAAACUAGCAUCGGAGUCUAUGUUGGACAGGCAUCAUACCUUGGAUGAUCUACGCGCCCUAUGCAUAGGGGCAUUUUGGCUUGCGGACGUGAGCUGGAAGUUAUCCGGAUAUGCUGUUCGCAUCGCAACGGAGCAUAACCUUCACCAAUCAUAUAGAAAAGCCACGCAAGGCUCUCCGGAACAUAUAGAGCAAGCACGGUUGUGGUACCUCCUUUAUACCUUAGAACACCAUUUUUCCAUUGCCUAUGGGCGGCCUCCUAUCAUCCACGAAGACUUGAGCAUAAAGAACCACAGUACAUUUAUACAAGCUCCGAACGUGCAACAGGGGGAUUUGCGCCUGCAUAGCCAGGUUGAUCUGUUCAUCAUCCUGACUCGCAUCUACCAUGCCUUCGGCCCCGAUGUGGACCUAGAGGUUCCUGAUAGCGACUUUUCGCUGAUGGAUAAAUUUGACGCUGCUCUUGCGGACUGGCAGUCGUCUUGGAUUCCUCGUUUAGUGGGGAGUCGGUAUGUGGGGAAAUAUCCGUACAAAGCGGUCUACCUGCACUACCACUUCUCUCGCCUGCAACUUAAUUCGGUGGCGUUACGAACGUAUCAUUCGUCCAGCUCUACGCGACCCAUGUCCAACGAGCGGAAGCAGCGAGCAAGCAUCGCGAUACGAUCUGCAAUCGACACGCUUCGGGUCGUCCUCGAUGAGCCUGAUAUCGAACGACCCUUGGUGGGGGUUCCGCUUUAUCUUCACAGUAUGAUUACUUUUGCUGCUGUAUUUCUGUUGAAGAUUGCCGCGAAAGGCUGCUCAAGUACUGCAGUCGGGGCUGCUGGCCCGCAGAAUUCCAUCGCAUCCGCCGGCCUGCUUAUUGAGGUUGGCUACGUCCGGGCGCUGGUUGGCCGGAUCGUUGACAUGAUGGUCUCGUGCAGCAAACGCGCCAGCGAGCAUCAUCUUAGUCAUCACAUCGCGCGUGGACUGAAGAAGAUGCUUACAGGUUUGGAGGAGUGGGAGAAGAGAAGCAGUGGGAAUUCGCAGUCUUCCGGACACAAUCCGCAGGACAACGCCCCUUUGUCUAAACCCGUCCACAUCCCAGGGUCGCAACCUUUAGGUGGACGGGACACCCUCCUCAACCAGCCGCCGCCCUUGGUUGGAGUAGCGCCUCUAUCGGCAGAGAGAGGGAAUAACUCGAACUCCAGUUCUGGGAAUGAGAAGCAAGAGGCUGGUCUCUGGGAGGGCUCGGUCGAUCCGAUGAUGGCCGAUUUAUGGGGGUUCGAUGAGGAGUAUUUUCCGACCGGGGUCUUCGAUUUCCUUCAAUCUCAGAUGCCCGCUUGAGGGAAGAUAAUAGAUAAUCUUGUUAGAGCAUCAUGAUAACGACAGAAGACCAACGCGCAGGACGCAUGC